AUGGAACUGGAUGGAAGCGUGUGGCGGUACAUAUUGUCCGUUAGCGCUUCGGCAAACAUGACCGUUGGGCCCGCUGUGUCUCCCACGCCGGCCCCACCGGCAGCGACGCUGGCCACGCUGGUCGUCUCGGGGAGCUUCUGGGCCUCCGCUGCAGCCUCCGAGGCCGAGGACUUCAUAAGCAACUCCGACGUCGUGGGCUCGUUCGUGACCUCGAUCGCCACGGGGGGGGGCAUGCCAGAGUCGACGGUGGCGGUGACGCUCUCGGUGCACCGCGGCCGGAGGCUGGCGGCCAGAGGCGGCCGGAGGAUGACGGCCGAGGCCGCCGAGAUUUUGGUCUCCUACACCAUCACCGCACAGGUGGGCUCCUCGGAGGGGGGAGGCGCCAUCAGCCAGAGCGCCUUCGACAGAAUUGUGGACACCCUGGAGAGCACCACUGCCGACAACUUCGUGGCAGAUUUCAACACGCAGAUCCCCGCGGACAUGAGCUUCAGCACGGGCGACCACCCAGAGGAGCUGCUCCGCGAGCGCGCCGCCGUGGGCAUCCUGCUGGCGCUGGGCGCCGGCGCCUUCGUGCCGCUGGGAUCCCUGGCGGCGGCCGCCCUGCGGCCGGACUGCCGCAGCAGGCCUGUGGCCUUCUGGCUGGCCGGCACCUCUGGCUGCAUGGUCACGGGGCUGUUCUUGGAGUUCUUGCCCAGGAGCAGCGCGGUGGCGCACCAGUACAACGUGUACGGCACCGUCGUGGUAUCCACGACAGUGGUGCUGAUGGCCGCGGCCGAGGUGCUGAUGGGCGAGCCGUUGGCGCGCCUCGGCAGGCUGCAGGACACGCUGACGAGCAAGCUCGAGCCAGCGCGCACACCGAACGACUCCAAAGGAAAACAGCUCGCUGAAGACUUCAUCGCCUCGGCCUUGGCGCUUGGCUGCGAGACAGGGCAGUCCUCGAGUGCCCAGCGGGUCUGCUCCACCCAGAGCUCUGGAAAUUCUAGUAGGGCCCUGUGCCUCCCUCAGCUCCCCCGUGCCGACGGGGAGGUCAUGACAUCAGCGUCGCAGCAGGGCAACUACAGGCACUUGCGACAACUCGCGCGCAGGAUCCGCGGAGUGAAACUGGACACUGGGGAGUCCGAGCUGGACGCCAUCUGCAGAAUGACAGGCCAUUCCAUAGGCCAGGCGGAUGUCCCCCUGGACCGCGACGACUUUCACGCAUUGUUGUUGGAGCUGGUAGGCACGAGCCGCAUCAGGAGUGACCUGAUAUGGCACCAACUUUGCAGGGGGAGUAACAGAGAUUGGCCGACCUUGGCUGGUCUCGCGGCAGCGUUGCAUGGUCAGGCCGGCAGCGGCAACAGUUUAGAGGGCAUUGUUCAUGAGGAUCCCACGGACUACGAGGUCCCCAAGUUCAUGGGUUGGGCCUUGCAAGCCGCCGACCGUCUUUUUGGCUGCGACCAGGUCGUUGACCAGACCGACGCCUCGCCGAGUAUCUCUCCGUAUUCGUCCACGGGUCGUGCGGUCAGGAGGGCGAUGAGCGUAUUGGGACAUUUCCAGUCACAUAGGGCCCGACUGGCGCACACGGUUUUGGUCAUCCGCAGGGUCAUUCCCGUGCUUGAGGCAUUGUUGAUUGCAAUUGGAGCGGGCGUGUUGCACUUGAUCGCAGGCCUGAGCGUUGGCUUGGUCUCGGUGGUGAACUUUCACGCUGGGGUCGUUUUCGCCAUCCUCUUCGCGGUGCAACACUUUUCCCAGGGACUACUGCUCUCCGGAGACACCGCGGGCUCGGGCUGGGAAAAGACGAGCAGAUGCCAGUGUCUCUUUGCUACGGCCCUGGUCGGGCUCUGCGACUGCCUGGGGGCUGGCAUCGCGUUCGCGAUCACCGUCACGCGUGGAGUGAUAUCGAACGAGAUCUUGGCGGCGAUCUACUUCGUGAACGGGGGCGUAUUUGUCCAGCUGGCUCUUCGCAACGGUGGCGGACUUGCGGGCUGCGGUCUCGUUCGAUCCCGAGAAAGAGAUCCCCACGAUUGCGAUGAUAGUGGGUAUGAUGGCAGCUGGAGCUGCAUUGCUCGCAAGAUGACCGGGCCCACGGUGCGGCGCGGGAUGGCAAAUUUAGAUACCCCGCACUGGUCGGCGGCAAGGGGCGUGUAG